CUUAGACUUGCGAUAGAUAAUAACUCGCUCCUGUGUUAACAUGACAUCCUAACACUGAAAAUGAAAAACAGUAUCAUGUGUCUCACUGUUUACCUUUGCUAGUCAUGUCCUCCUGUGGCUUUAUCGUAACGCACACUCCACCCUCCAUCCCUGCGCACUCACUCACAGAUUACACAUUUAUUUCCCCGGGUGUAGUUUGCUGUUACUCCCAUCGUAUCCGGGGACUACAGUCACCACCGGGACAGAGCGACGAUGGCGUCCCGGGUCUCCUUCACCCAGGUCCGGCUGGAAGUGGAGCUGGAGCGGUACCGGGCCGAGUGCCAGUGGGACAAGAUGCCGGCGAUCAUCGACCAGAUGCAGGCUGCGCGGUUCCACGAGGACGAUGAUUAUGGGACCCUGAUGAUGGCUGAGGCGCUGCUGGAGGAGUGUCUGCAGGAAAACAUGGACCUAUUGCGGCACGCCACACCUUUGUUGGACAAGACCCAGACGAGACUGUACAGGGCCAAAGGCCACCUCAACACCAUCCUGAGCCGAGGCCGUCUCACACCUAGGUACCUGAAUGAGGCUCUGCUGCUGAUGGCCAAAGUGCACUAUGUGCAGGGCCGUUACCGGGACGCCCAGGGAAUGUGUGCCAGGGUGGGACUGGAGGAGCUGACACAGGACGACCAGCCAACCUAUCACCUUCGCCUGCUGGCUGAGGGUUUUGUUAUUAAAGGUUUGUCUCUGGACCAUCAGAUAGUGUCUUCAGUGUCUCGGGUUCGUCUGUCAGAGAGGGAGGAGGAGAGUCUGUCCUGUUACCUCAGGGCCUGCGACGCUGCUCUGUCCUUCCUGCAGGAGCUCGAUAAGACAGUAACCACGCCCCACGCUAAGACAGCCAAAGCCAAUCUGCUGCCUCCACCUGUGGAAAUGGACCUGGGCUAUUUCCUGCAAGCUGCACUACAGAGUGCUUACAUUUGUCUACUGCGCAGGGGUCAUCUCGCACAAGGUGCUCACCAGCUGCGUAGGGUGCUCAGGGUGGUGGAGUCACGAGGGUCUCAGAGCUUCAGGAAGUCUGCAGCGAGGAAGCUGGCGGGGGUGCUGCUGAGCUCAGUGAGUGAAGACAGCUACUGGCCCCCACUUGGUCCUCCACCCUCAGCCUGGCUCCAUAGAGAGGGAGCCGCCGCCUCCAAAGACGCCAUCUACCCCACCGUCAGACCACCGCAGCGUUACAGCACGGAGUGUUGCUUCUGUCCUCAGGACGUGGUGGAAGAGGCAUUGUUGCUGCUGCUCAUCACAGAGUCAAUGGUGAGCUACACACACACACACACUUGCACACAGCCAGCAUGUUUGCUUUCUAAUGUUUCACCAAAUUUCCACACUGUAUCUCAGACCUUCCUUUGUUUUCCUACCUGUUCUCUUUCCCCCUCCUCUUCAUCACUCUCCGUCUCUCUCUUCAUCCAGGCCAGUGGCGAAGCGGUGAUCAGUCGUCUGCCUGACCAGGCCGAGGCUCGCCAGGCCAGUCUGCAGGAUGCCACCUCUGUCUAUGAUCUGCUCACCAUCGGCAUGGCCAGGAGGGGGCAGUACGCCAUGCUGUCUGAGUGUCUGGAGCGAGCCAUGAAGUUCUCAUUCAACGAGUUCCACCUCUGGCACCAGCUGGGCCUGUCACUCAUGGCGGCGGGGAAGGGUGUUGGUGCUGUAUCUGUAUUUAAAGAGUGUGCCAGGAUGAGACCCGAGGACCCUUCAUUGCCCCUGUUGGCUGCUAAAGUCUGCAUUGGUCAACUGCACAGGUUUGAGGAGGCAGAGGCUCUGUCCCAGAGUGUGGUGUCCAUGGGGGAGGGAGCUGGAGAACUUCUGCCCAGGGCCUACCUGGCUCUGGGGCUCUGCUGCAGUCUACAGGCCUCUGAUGCUUCUCUCAAAGCAGAUCGGAAUGACUUCAACAAGAGAGCGCUGCAGGCUCUGAGCAAGGCUCACUCCUUAGACCCCCUGGAUGCACAGAUUGCUAUGUACCUGGCUCUGCAGCUAGCACUUGUCCGCCAGGUAUCUGCAGCCAUGGAGCCCCUGCAGGCAGCUUUAACUCUCCAUGGAGACGACUUGCACUCCCUCCACCUGCUCACCCUGCUGCUCAGCGCCCAGAAACACUACCGUCAUGCCCUGGACACCGUGGGCUUGGCCCUCAGCCAGCACCCAGACAACUUCAAUCUCCUGUUCACAAAGGUAAAGCUUGAAGAGGCUCUGCUCGGCCCAGCUGUUGCCCUGCAGACCUGUGAAGAGAUGUUGCAACGGUGGCAAAGCCGCUAUGAUGUCAGUCGCUCCAGUGAGACAGAUGACAGCAGCAGUACGCCGAUGGCCGAGAGGACAGAGGUCAGCCCCGGAGGCAGGAAACCCUCCAUCCACCUGACCCUGCCUGACUUCCAGGACGCCUCCACCGGUUCAUUGAGCCCCUCGUCAGUUGCAGUGUCUCGCCUGGAUGCGGCGCUCUCUGAGGUGUCGGAUAUCAGCUCCUCCCGUCGCCAAGGACCCACCUACAUCUGGACCACCCUGGAACGCAUCUGGCUGCAGGCUGGGGAGCUGUUCAUGGCAGACAGUCGGUUAAAGGAGGCCCAGUUCUGCAUAGCUGAAGCGAGCUCAAUCUUCCCCAACUCGCACUCGCUGCUGCUGCAGCGGGGCCGACUGGCCGAGCUCCGGGGCCAACUGGACGAAGCCAAAGGCCUGUAUGACGAGGCCCUGGCCAUCCAUCCCACAGGAGAGAGGAUACUGGUGCACAUGGGUCGUUUGCUGGUGAGAACCGGGCGUGUCCACCUCGGGGAGAAGAUCCUGCGUGAUGCAGUUCAGGUCCACAGCACCUCUCACGAGGCGUGGAGCGGCCUGGGUGAGGCCCUGCAGUCUCGGAGCGCCAGCCAGGCCCCCGACUGCUUCUUGACGGCACUGGAGCUUGAGGCAUCUUGCCCCAUCCGGCCCUUCACGAUCAUUCUCAGGGAGCUCUGAGGGGGUCUGGCCUGGGGUGGAGGUCUGAGUGAAGGUUAAGGAAUUGGCCUCUGGCUGGAUGAUUGUACACAUGGUGCAAUGAAUAGUUUGACAUUUAAGGAAGUAGACCUGUUUGCUUUUUUUCCUAGCGUAAAAUGAGAGAAUUGAAACCAUUCUAGCAUCCUUCCAUUUAAUAUAAAGCUAGAGCCAGCAGCACUUCACUUACACUUACUUACAGAUGUUAAGAGAUUUCCUCAUCUUUGGACCAAUGACUGUCUAUAUAUGAUGUCGCCACUUCCUCCCAAUGUAGAAAAAUGAAGCGAAAGUAUCCCAGACCCAGGUGCCACCAUCUUAUUUGGAGCCAGAGUCUGUGCAGCAGUGAUCGUGGAGUGGAACCACGUUAUCAACAUCCCAUUGAUACACCAGAUUUUGGCUUCACUUUUGUGCUCCUGUCAUGUCCCACAUUUUAAUAUACAGUCAUUGUUUUGGGUGCGGCCUUGCUAGCUGUUUCCCUGUUGCCAGUCUUUAAUGUACAAAUAGGAGAAUGAGAUCUAUUUUUCUCAUGUAACUCUUGGCAAGAAGGCAAAACCUUCUAAUAUUCCUUCAAAUAAGUACAUUUUUGGUAACAGGACAUGUAACAAAUAAUUAGUCUCCUGGACUGAAUAGUCUCAGGCAAAAAUGAAUUUGUGUCAUGAUGAUCCUGUAAGUUUCCAGAACUACUACAUCUGUACAUUCAUAGCAUCUGAUCUUAGUGAGCUAAUGUUGGAUGAAAAAAUGGAAAAUAAUUAAUAUCAACAUGAAAAUGCAGGUAACAGGGGUGUAUAGACAAAUGUUUAAAGUACUAUUUCAAUGAACAUCUCCUAUGGAGUUAUUAGUAAAGAAUAAGUUUAUUUCAACCAUACUACAAAUGUAAUAUUUUUAAUAAUCAGAAAAUGUUCCCACGAAUGGUUCAUAAAUUGCAAAGAUGUGCUGGUUACGUCUUGAGGUAGACUGUACAGUAUGUUGUUGUGUUAUAUGUGGAAAUGCAGAUACAUGGUUUAUGUACAGGCUCCCAGUCAGAACAGCAGCAGCUCCACUUCAUCUGUAUCUUAGCCUCUGAUGUAUUUUUGAUGAUCAAGUUGAUUGACACAGCUUUUAUCUGCACACACACAAACACACACACACACAGAGGGAUAUUACCACCCUUUCAUCCUCAAAUGAGAGCUCCUAUAUGAUCCUAAAUUCACUUAUCAUUCCACAUUAUGUGUGUGUGUCUAUAUGUGUAUUCAUACUGUACGUGUCUUGCAUUAUGUAUUUUCAUGCAUGUGUGUUUGUUGAAGACCAUCCCUCUAGGGUGUUAUCAGUCCCUGUUCUGUUUGUUCUGUUUGUACAGUACAGUAGGCGACUCAUCCCCUAAUAGUCUGUGUGUGUUAUUUGUGUUGUUUUUUUGACUCAUCUCUUUGUAAUGCUCUCCAUUAUAAACAACAAUGGCUUUUAAAAAUCA